AUCGAAAGUUUCUGCCCAUCUCAAGUUGAGGUAAGGUUGACAACUCCAUCCGUGUUUUAGAUAAUAGGAAGCUAACAAAAUGUUUGCGGCGCUAAUAUCAAGAAAUUUGAAAUGCAUAAACUGUUAUGCAACGACGAAAUUUCGUUCCUUUAGUGAUGUAGGUCCAGUGAAGAUGUCGUAUACAGUUUAUGGUGAAAAUAACACGAGAAAUUUACCACUUUUUAUAAUGCAUGGUCUACUUGGUUCCCAAAGAAACUGGAGAGCUCUUGCUAAGGCACUGGAAGCAAGGACAGAUAAAAUGAUAUAUACAGUGGAUGCGAGAAAUCACGGCGACAGUCCUCAUACGUCUGAUCUUAUUUCUGCCCAUAUGGUAAUGGAUGCUGUCGAACUAAUGAAAGAUAGAGGAAUUAAAAAAGUUUGCGUAAUGGGUCAUAGCAUGGGAGGCAGAACGAUGAUGCACUUUGCUCUUAAACACCCUGAGUUAGUGGAUCGGGCAAUUAUUAUUGAUAUGUCUCCUAUAACACUACCUCAAGAUUUUCAUCUGUUGGAAGAAAUAUGUAAAGCGAUGGAAAGUAUAAAUAUUCCUGCAAAGUACUCCUUGAGUGAGGGACGAAAACUAGCUGAAGAUCAAGUUAAAGAUUCGGUGGGCGCACUAGUUACCGUUCAAUAUCUAAUAAUGAACUUGAAAAAGCGAGAAAAUGGAGAGUUCUACUGGAUGCCAAAUCUUAAAGUAAUUUGCAAAGAUUUUGGGUUGUUCAAAAAAUUUAAAGAUGAUAUUAAGUAUUUGCCGCCCUAUAAAGGGCCAGUGAUGUUUAUCUGUGGGACUCAAUCCAAUUUUAUCGAGCUCAGUACUUGGCCGGAUAUUCAGCGAAUGUUUCCAAAUGCAGAAAUACAUUGGCUCGAUGCGGGUCACUUAGUGCACUUUGACCAACCAGAAAAUUUUCUCGACUUAGUGGUAGAAUUUCUAAAACGAUAAGUUCAAAUUUUGUUUCCUCAAAUUUCGUGGAAGAGUAAUAAUUGUUUUUUAUCGGUAUAGAUCGGUUGCUAAUAUAAUGAGCUUUCGAAAAUAAAAUAUUCGCCUCACUUUAA